AUGCCAAUUGCUGAUUGGAAGCGGAGAUGGCAUAUCAUGCAACAAAUGUCCGCCCCCGACCAUCAACUAUUUUACCCCUCAAUAUUCGAUCAAACCAGCUACCACCCCUUCGAAGCCGCCACGAUCCGUCGGAGGGCCGUCCUACAAAGCAUAACAAACUUCCAAUCUCAAUCUUCAUGGCUCACAAAGCUUUCCGAUCGAACUGCAUCGAUAGCUUGGUUGGACCAAGAAAUAGAGGCUUUAAUAACGGCAUAUGGUACAGAUGAGAGAGAAAAGGCAGAAGAAGAAAGGAGAAGAAAGGAAAAUGAACCUGUGUGGAUGCCGGUGGAAGAUGUGUAUGAGGUUUUAAUGGGGUAUAAAGAGUAUAUUUUACAGUUGAGAGAGGAAGGGGUGUCUAUUGAACCUGAUCCGGCGGCAGUUUCGGUAUGGAAAAAAGAUGACGUUUUGGAUCAGGAAACGAGGAAGGCUUUGAUUGAUGCCGUAACAAUCCUCAAAAAUACACCUUACGAAACCCGAGGAUGGGGUCUGCUCAUACCCCAUUCCAAAGCCAUUGAUCUCCUCGAUCCCUUCAUGUACCCAAUAAUUUACCACCAAACCCUCUCCUCUUCCCCCUUCUCCUCCUUCUCCUCCUUCUCCUCGUCUCUACAUCCCUCACCUUUCCAGCUAGUCCGAACUCCAGAUUUACCCCCAUAUUGCUCCUGCCCAACAGACGGUGGUUCCUGCUGGCUCCCCACUGACUUCCAAAUCACGCUUGAUGGAAAAACAAAUAUCCUAUCCUACAUCAACAACCUCACCCUUCCCGGCCAAGCAGAGCUAUUCCACCCGAUAUUCGAGGAAAUCUUUACGAAGGUUGUUCCUUUGUUUAACCACGUACUGGCGGAAUUACUCCGUGCACCGUGGGCGGAAGGAUGGCAUCCACCGGGGUCGUAUGAGGGGAAAAGAAGGGAAUUGGCAAAUAGGUGGAUGUGGACUCGACCUGAGAUUUUGGAACAUUAUAGACUUGAAGGGAAAGUUGCUAAAGUAGUGACGAGAUUGGUCAAUAUUGAAGCCGAAGCCUCCGGCGAGGGUGAGGGUGAUAGCUAUAUUGGACAUGACGAUACAAGGUGCCUUGACUGGCAUUUCGAUGGUGCUGCCAACGAACUCGUAACAGCAACAGUAAUCUACAAUUGCACCACCACCAUCACCUCUCCAAGCAUACCUCCAAGCAUCCGCCUCCGCCGAAGACCUCCAAUUCCAAGCCACGAUACACAACUUACCAACACUCUUGUCUCCGAGCCCAUAUUCAUAAAGCAAAACACCGCCUUCGCCUUCCCAAACACCUACGAAUACCAGCUCUCCACCAACUCCCACCCCUCCACCCUCCUCCUCUUCCACCUCCUCGACCCCCUCAACCCAUUCCCCCCACCUUCAACAACCACAAUCCCACCGCAACAACAAUCCCAAUACCUCCAUUCCGACCUCCUUCGAAAAUCAAAAAUAGGUACUUUACUCCCCGAAGAAAUCUUCCAGCAGAUAUUGGAAUAUACACAGGGGAAUGUAAUAUCACCUGAAGAUGCAGUGCGCAAUAGAAAGUUGUUUAUUGGAAGGAGGGAGUCGCAGAAGGAUGAUAUUAUUCGUCAGUAUUGA